AUGAGAGCUAUUCUAGCCCUUCGAAGUGUGCGAGCUCCAGCAGGGAUAUGCGCCAGUCUCAUGAAGGGCGCUCAAAAGACCUGGAAUAUCGGUGCCUUCACGCUCGGCAGUUUGCCUUCUCGUGCCGUGUGUUUGCCUUCACCUCCUUCAGGUGCGCCGCAUCGAGACCAACGCUCCAAUAUUCUGUGGGAUGCGAACACAUUCCGAGACAUGACCACUCGUCACGUGAGCGAAGAGAGGUUCUGGACGGGCCCUUUGAUCACACGAAUUGACUUCAGCCACCGGCCACUCCCACUCCGAGCACCUUCAUGGCUUGACAAACACCUCACUCGUCCCGGAUCCUUCUACUUUCCGACUCUGGUUGGGUAUGGACUCUUCCCCGUUACGCUUGCAGUGCUGGCAGCUCUAAGCAAAGAUAGCAGCCCUGCUUGGGCAUUCAUUCUUGUCGUCUUCUUGUGUGGACUUACGACUGGGGCUACUCAGAAUUACGAUUUGGCACAUCUCCUUCACAUUACACCGAAAGAGACGCACUACGUCGCGACGGCUCUUCUGGCAACCUUCAGAGGAUUUGCAGGCUCUUUCGGCGCAGCCAUUGGAGGUGGUCUCUUUCCCCGAACGCUCGACGGUUCCCUCAAAGGCCGCUUCGCUGACCAGGGCAUGGAACGUGCCGCACUCAUCAGAAGACUACUUGGGUCUCCAGCUUUGGUGGAGCAGCUCGAUGGCGUGGAGAAGCAGAUCGCAGUCGCUGGCUACCAGGAUGCUCUCAAGCUGUUGUGGUUAAGCAUGGCGUUGAUCGCCGUUGCCAUGCUCUUUGUCCAAGCCGGUGUGGGCCCAAAAUGGGAUGCUGAAAAGCACAGGCUCGAAGGAGAGAGGCAGAGCCUCCUCAACGAAGCUCAGCGAUAA